AUGAGUCACGGUUUCGUGGUGAAGGCGAGUGAGGACGUUCCGCUAGAGCUAUUGGAAGAAUAUGAUAUUUCUUUAUCACCAGUAAUUUAUCGAGGGAGUGAGGAAGCUGAAGACGUAGCGAGGCAUUUUGUGGAAGCAAUCGUUGAAGUAGGAAGAAAGGUGGAGAAAUUACUCAAAACCAAUAAAACCAUAAUAAUGAGCGAGACGGAGGAAAAAUUAUUUAAAAAAUGUAAUUUGUGUAAAUGCUAUUUAACUGAACAUGAUAAAGUUAGAGAUCAUUGUCAUUUGAGCGGAAAAUUUAGGCAGACACUUUGUUUUAAAUGCAAUCUAACGUUAAAACAACCUAAAUUUGUACCACGUUUUUUUCAUAAUUUAAGUAAUUACGACUCUAAUUUCAUUAUCACUGAACUCGCUUAUGACUCUAAGACUAUUUCUGUUAAUCCAAAUAGUGAGGAGAAAUUUAUAUCUUUUUCAAAAUAUUUAAGUAGUACCUUCACUAUUCGGUUUAUCGAUACAAUGAGGUUCAUGGCGUCGUACUUAGAAAGAUUGGCUGAAAAUCUCGUGACACCGGAUCUAGAAAAAUUUCGUGAGACGGGGAAACAUUUUUUCGACGGGUAUAUGUCGCUCGUCACUCGGAAGGGGGUGUAUCCAUACGAGUAUACAGAUAGUUGGAGAAAAUUAGACGAGGAUAGGUUACCGAAAAAAGAAGAUUUUUAUAGUACGCUAAAGGAGAGCGAUAUUGAAGAAGACGAGUAUAUCCAUGCUGCGGAGGUAUGGCGACACUUUGGUUGUUCGACACUAGGAGAAUAUUCAGAUCUUUACUUAAAAAUCGAUGUGCUAUUGAUCGCCGACGUUUUUGAAACCUUUCGGGAUGUAUGCUUGACAGUUUAUACCAUAGACUCCGCAUAUUACUACACAACCCCUGGAAUGUCUUUUGAUUGCAUGUUGAAGAAGACUAUGGUAAAAUUGGAGCUAUUGACAGACUAUGAGAUGUUGUUAAUGUUUGAAAAAAGGUAUUCGUCGGCGAUUGGUGCAGGUAAUAAUCUGUAUGGUUAUUUGAUGGGAGAAUAUAUGCCAAUUGGUGGUUUUGAAUGGGUUAAACUGUUACUUAUGGGGUUGAAUGAUUUGAACGAUACUUCCCCAAUAGGAAGGAUUUAUGAAGUGGAUAUAGUAUACCCAAAGGAAUUACAUGAUAGACAUAAAGACCUACCUUUACUUCUCAAAACGCAAUAA